AUGUCCGAUCUCCCUCUGAGAGGUCAGGGCGCAAGGCCCCCUGGGGCGGUUCCUAGGAGCCGUCGUGGGGGGGCUGCACCACCAGCCAUACCACCAUCGGUCGCUGGCACAUCACCCCUGGGCGGUGGUGCCUCGCCAAUCUCACCAGACCCUACCUUGACUAGGGCCACAUACUCGACCGUUGUGCUGUCUCGAUCCCGCCACACAUUGCCCUGCUGCAGGUCCCGUUCCACCAUGGGUUCCGCCCAUUUGUCUGCAGAUGAGUCUAGCUCAGGGACGGCCCACCCCCAGGAGAUGGAGGUUGAGGGCACUCAGGAAGGCGAAGGGGUCUCGAGGGACCCCUCUGUUGACCUUCUUCUAGGUCAAUACACCUUGAAGUUCCAAGAUACCAUCGAGGACCUUCCUGAUGAUCUUGAGGUAUUGACCACCUCCAUUGCGAAGGCCACAGAUUGGGUUCUGCAGGCCACGCACCACGAUCCGCUUUCCAUCGAUGGGGGUGAUGCCUUCAUGGCCCAGAUGACGUCCUUUGUGAACGCUGUCAUGGCCACCAACUUUAGUCGUAUUCGCGGACCAGGUGAACUUGACAACUUCUCGCUCGCCUCUCUCCUCGAGGCUGAGACGUCUUCCAAGGAUGAGCCGACCAUCCACCCGGCUCCCAUAUUCAGGCCUCCUCCUCCUGCUGCCCAUGGGCUGCUCGAUGAGGGUGUCCUUGACGUAGGGGCUCCGCCCGAUGUCCUCAUGCAGGCAGUGGAUGACCUUGGUCGCCUGGCCUCCCUGCCUCGCAUCCCCGCCUCCAAGAAGCGCAAGGGUGUUGAUUGCCCAGUCCCACCUCCUCAGAAGAAGAAGAGCAAGGUGGCCUACUCUCGCCCUGGUCCGCCUCUGCCGAUCAACCGCGCUACCAAACCCAAGCCCCAUCCAACGAUGUGGGCAGGGAUUGCUCAUCAGGCUGCUCCAAUGCCUCCCCCGCCUCCUGGCUUGGGACCGCAAUGUCAUGGGCCUUCUCCUCCCCCCGCAUUCCUGACAGGCCCGAUGAAGACUUUGCCUCAUCGGUCCGUUCCUUCCUUCACUUCCAAGGGCCCCACCUGGAAGCAAGUUCUCAUGUUGUUUGGGGGUACCCCUCCUGACCUCACGAAAUUCUUCACUGAAUCAGCUGUCCGUGCAGCCAACAGGUACCUCAGGGAUGGUCAAUCUAUGUUGAAGGUCACCUCCAUUGUCUGUGCCUAUGAUGGCUUGUCAUUGGUCACCCCCGCUGUUGCCAGCCCAUCUGACCUGGACAUACUGCGCAACUUCAUCCGCGAAAGCCUCCCAACGGGUACCCCAUUCGAGGUUGCGCUUCCAUCAUCGACAUCUUUUAUAAAGAUCCUCAAUGUGCCCUACUUCGAUCUGAAAGGGUUGAAGAUCACCCAGGAGGCGCUUGAGAAGGCCCUCCGCACCUCGGUUCAUGCUGAGGUCUUCGUGUAUCUGAGCACCAAGCCUCGGAUCGACCGCAACUCGGUGCACUUGACAUCGUGCACCGUGUAUUGCAACAUCUGGGACUCCCAGCAGGGAACCCACACCAAGAAGGCCUUAGGCCAACCGAUCUUCCUCGCCGGGUGGUCCUGUGCAAUCAGGCCAGCCACGCGACACACCGGGGUCCUGCUCUGCCAGCGAUGCUGGAAGUGGGGUCACCCUACUGUCGCCUGCAAGGCGAAACAACUCUCUUGCCCUAUCUGUUUGGGUCUGCACGAGCAGAAGGAGCACCGUCAACAUGUGGGAUGUUGCAAGGGGAACACGAAAGCAAAGCCUCCUGUGCCGCCCACCCCUCGCGACCAGCCUUGCCCCCACAAGGGCCACUGUGUCAAUUGCCACAAGGACCACACCGCCAACUUGGCUUUGUGCAAGUUCUGGGCCCAUCGCUAUGACCGUGAGUGGAUCAUGGCCGAGUAUCAUCAGGUACAUGAGCAUGCCGCUCACCACCAACUUACUAACCCUCGAACCUAG